AUGCGAUCGAAAUCGUUUUCGAAUUCACCCGAGGGGAACGCCGAGGGAGUCGUGAAGGAAGCUCGUAUGGGCACAGAAGCUGUGACCUCAUACAAUAAACUGCUGUCUGAAUAUGUGCAAAGCACCAGCGUUCAGCCUCAAGUUUGUGCUAGUAACGUCGGUGAUGGAAGUAUCCUUCUGAAAGCUACCAUUAGCCCUUUUCCUCCGCUUACCAGUCUGAUAACCGAGGAGGACUGGGUGAAGAUCGUGCAGAAGGUUAAGAACAUCAUGCACAUGCGUUCCCGUGCCGAAGAUUCUAUGCCGCAGAACUCGGUAACGGAAGGCAGCUCGAAAACUCCCCCUUCUGAUAGUGGUACCAACAACCUUGUCGAUCCCAUCAAGGAGUCACCUCCUGCGUCGCCAGAAAGGUGGUCGUUUUCUCCAACCGAUGCUUCAUCUCCAUCGUCAUCGAGAUGUGAAGCGAAAAAUGCAACGGGUCGCCUCCCGCUUAAAGUACGCUUCCAUCGUCUCGCUGAUGAUGAAUAUGAAGUGGUUGAAAAUGCUACGGCCACUUGCUCCGAAACCUCUGAAGGUACUAGUAGGUUGUCGGAUAGGAGGACCUCCGAAGGGAAUGAACCGUCGGAUAGGAAGGUUCAUAAGAAGACCAAGAAAACGAAGAAGCGUCGUGUGUCGCAUGAUUGCAACGUUGCUUACAUGAUUGAUGAAAGCCAUCUUGUUGAAAAUAGAAGGCCAAGCAUUGUCUCAUCGAGUUUUGUGAACGGGAAUGGCAGUGAACCUGCUACUAAUGGAGAUGUUCAUGUUGAAGAUCUCAACUGCUCACUUUCGAAGAACGAGAAAGUUGAGAACAGCAUGAAUGCUAUGGCAACUUGGCCGAGUAGAAGUGUUGAAACAUUUGGUGAAGCUGAUGGAAAUGUGGAGGCUUUUGUGACUCACCACAUCUGGAAAAAAAAGCAAAGACGUGGCGAACCUGUGGUGAAGACAUCGUAUGUGAGGCGCCAAGGCACUCCAGUAACCUGUACCAUAUACUUGAGAAGCGCGUGUAAAUCAACCUGUAGUGCAGCUAAGCAUAAUGCCGUUGUUCCUCGUCGUAAUUUUGGGAGGGAUCGUUCUCGAUACUCUGCUCCUCCUGGCUCCUCUAUUCGCCGCCAUAAUCGUGUUCGAGCUACCAAAAGUGCUUCACCACAAAGAGUUCGCCCAAGUCGCUACUGGCCGGUGUAUGACGAUGAUGAUAAAAUUCUGCUUUCUCCUUUCAUGCACACCAGAUCGAAAGAUCCAAGUCCUUUGGUGAAUGGACUAUGCAUCGUCAAAAAAGAGGAGAGUAGUGAUGAACCACACUUUCAAGCAAUGAUGCCUUCAGUGGUCGAGAAUAGGGAGAAUUUGCAGCAAGCCCCAGUUAUAAAGACUGAAUGUGAAGAUAGCGACUACAGCACAUUUCACAACUCCGUUUCCUCAAACGAUGUUGGCAAAAGUGAUCACGAGCAAACGGCAAGAUUGGCACGUCGAAGAUCGUCACAGAGCCGGCCGAAAAAGGUGCGUCCACGUGCAGGAAGGCGUACUGGCGAGCGCGUUGCUUCGGACGAAGAGAUUCCUCCUGAUGCGUUUCGCACAUCCGAUUCAACGUCACCUUCUAAUUUGCCUGUAAGUGCGGAGCCAAAGGUGUUGUCUUCGCAGUACGCUCGCGAGCAGUUUGAGAAUCAAGAUGGAACGGAUGACUUGCCAUUGUUUGAAGAUAACGUCGAGGUCCCCAGCGAACACCUGUCUGCUGAUACCGAUAACAGCUCUGCUAAUGACGGUUUAUGCAUCGCUGAAGAUGAACCACUUUUCAACAAGAAUGAAGCUCAGUCUGUUACACCGCAGGAGUCUGGUGAUACUCAAGCUAUAGAAGGAAAGUCUGAAGUAAAGGUCAAAACUGAGCCCUUGGCAUAUGAAGAGGAUCAAUCACUUGCGGUCCAAGUUUACCGUGCGGGUGACGCUGCACAAGAAGCAGUGAAUGAGAAUGGAGAUGAAUCCUCACUAACUGAUGAACAGACAAGUGCAGCGAAUCAGCCAGUGGACCCGAACACGAGUUACAGAUAUGCAUUACAUUUUAUAGCAUUGGUCAAUUGA